GGAAUUUUAAUUAAACAGCAAUUUUUGAUUAAACGGAUACGAAACUACAACAAAAGAAAUCUCAGUUAAAAUAUUUCAACUUAAAACACUCCUAAACAACUAAAGCAGCAUCAGUUUCACAUUUCGAAGCAGCAACAGCAGCAGCAGAGCCGGCAAAAGCAGUGAAACAACCAAAAAACUAAAUAAAGUUUGAAGAAGAAAAUCACAUCAAUGCCGAAUUUUCUGCAUAAAAGGCAAAAGAAGCACUUUAAGAAAUCUCAGUAGGGAUUAUGAAUGCAAAAAGUAAUUUAAGUUUAUUCCCAUGUACGACAAAUCAAAGAAAACCUGGAGUCAAAGGCUCAAAAUCCAUAAGAACGAAAAAUCACAAGCAACAACAGGUAACAACGCCACAUCGAUAACGACAACUGCAACAAAUAAUUCACAACAAUAUCCAACGGUAGCAGUAGCAGCAGCAACAAAGAAUCCUCAUACCCUAGAAGCAACAUUAAAUGUUGCACAUAAUGUUAAUAGUAGUAGUAGUAGAGCACCUAUGCCACAGUAUCAACUAGCGCCAACUGCAAUCAUGCAUUUACCCACACUAAGUGAUUACCACGCAAGUGGAGCAGGCACAGCCUACGAGUAUAUGCCAAAUCAUAUGAGCCGUUCUAUGAAAUAUGCCGAACCCUGGAUAUAUGGCACGGUACGGGGUAUACCGGCCCGACCGGCUGGCAUCUAUCAUCCAGCCUAUGCUCACUAUGCUGCACAUCCUCAUGCAGCCACCAUAUUUGCGGCACCCACCAACGACUUAGCCACAGGAGCCCCAGCUGCCACCGCGGUAGCUGUGGUGCUGUGUUCAUGUCACGAGUACCUGAGCGGCACAAAAGGCCGCACUUUAAAGAAACCAAGUAUAUGUAAGAAAUGUAAAGGUACUCGCCUGCCUUUGCACAAUAUCGGAGGAACCGUUCGAUUGCCGACCAAUUUGCCAAGCCCUAAGUUAAGACCGGUGGGAGCAGCCUCAACGGUGAGAGUUGUCAGUACUAGUAAGAAAAUGCGACCCACCAUACUAGAUCCCCAGAAAGAUCCCUAUGACUUGAUGAGAAGAACACGUCUACUUUCGCCUGAACCGGGCAGUAUAAAUGAUGGUGGUGGAGUAUCAGCUGGGGGUACAUCUGGUAAAGACAAGUCUCGCCAAAGAGGCAAAAGUGCCAGUCCCGUGCGAGGACGUUCUCGUACGCGUCAUCACAAAGUUUUAGCUAACAGUACCAUUUCCAAGGAAAGCUCUAAAGCCUUAGAAAAUUUUGAUGAUACUUGGUUAACUGAAAGCGAAGACUUAGCCCAUACUGCCUCAUCAUCAGCCGCCUCUUCUAGCCGAAGAUCUAUACUACGCUGUAAUGUUAAUCCUUAUGAUUUGAUCUCAAUUAAUAAUCAGGCUUCCAGCCAUAACAUUUCCAUCCAUCCAAUGGAAUCUAAAAGUUCAGCAAAGGAAGUGGCCAAAAAAUCAAAUAGAAAACAAAAGUUGCAAUUUUCACAAAAUGAAUUCAUGCCACCCAAUGAUGAUUUCAAUGUACAAGACGCCGCCUUAACUGAAGACGAGCCACCUUUUAUGCACAGAACUACUAAGGUUAGAGUGGAAAGUUCCAAACCAGACAAUAACAAAAAACUCAUAGAAGAACCUCCACCACCCAAUACACCGCCUCAAACUAAAAAGCCCAACUACAUUAAUGUUCAGGCCAUAGCUGGACAACGCAUCAGUCUGGGAGAGGAACAACAGGCUCCCAAAUCUUUGUUGCAACAAACAGCAGAUGGCACCACUACUUACGAGAGUUUUGCCAUUGAAAGCGAACCGCAAACAAUAUCCAAAGAAAUGGAAAAAACUAAUAAAACCAGACCCGAUACUCUACAAGUGCAAGUGUCAUUAGGCGAACCCAAGAGACCACCCAGAGUAGUAAAACAACCCAGCCACUCUAACGACUCUACAGAAAUUGCAAAUAGCAAGGAAACCACUGAAGAGGAAGAGGAACUAAUGGUAACUGUAACCGUUACACCCACUUACAACAUAAAAUCCAUUUUAAAGAGACCCACUUCAAAGACCUCGGAAAAUGGUGAAAAUACACAAACUGAUUCAGUUUCCAAAACUCAUUAUACACCCUCUACUCCCUCAAAACAAAGAGAAAGUGGCAACAACUCUAAGAGUAGUACACCCACCAACUCUAGACGCAAUCAGGUUACCAUCAACUCCACCACAGCUAAUUCACAAUUCUAUAUACCCAUGCCACAGGCCCGCAAAAAGGUACAAUUUCUGGUAGAAGAUAUGGAUCAAACUGGAUCAGAAGAUCUAGAUGAUGAGGAUUCUUUUUACGACAACUCAUCAUCGACAUCUCCAAACUCUUUGGCCGGUGAUCUUAAUACCAAUUACGAAUAUUAUAGCAAGAAAAGAAAUCUCAAGAAACUGGUUAAUGUCAAUGAUCAAAAUGAAAACAUGUCAGAGGAUUCUGAAACCGAAAUCAUUACCUACGAUGAACAAUUCAUACAGGCCAUGUUAUUAGAGAAAUUGCAAUUAGAUUCUGAGUUGGUAACGAAGAGAUUCAUCAGCAACAAUCAACAACAAGAACAAAAUGGUGAUAAGGCAGCAGCAGCCGCAAAUAAUAAUAAAACUGAUUACAAUGAUGUUGCUGCUAAUGGGGAACAAAAUAAAUCACAAUACAACAGGCAACAGGAUAAAAAUCAAAAUGAAUUGGAAAGGCAGGAGGAAAAGUAUGAUGAUAAACAUUAUAUUAAUGAAAAUCUAGGCAAAGCUAAAACAUCAUUGCCACUGUCAACAGCAACUUUAACAGCCAACGAACAAACAUUUCAAAGUUCAACUGCAGCAACUGCUUUAAACCCACAAUCUUCUACCAACAGUGCUUGCAGUAGUACUCCUUUGGAACUGGCAACGCACAACCGCAACAAAAGCUACAAUAAGAGUUGUAAAAAUGAUGACAUAGACGACUAUGAGUGUUUGCCAUUUAAAGACAACAAUGACUACGACGAAGAGAACAUCAUCAUCGCCACUGUUUAUGAAGAAUGUGAUGAUGGCAACAAUAAUGUCAGCAAUAAUAGUGAUAGUGAUGAUGGCCUGCAUAAUAACGUUGCUGCUAGUACUAGUGCUGUUGAUGCGGAUGAUGACAAUGACGAUCAGCACCUUCCUGAUGAUGUUCUUCUUCUUGGUGUUGGUGGUGGUGAUGGUGUUGUUGCUGUUGAUGAUGUGGACGAUGGCAGUUCAUAUGCGGACAAACCACCAACUUGCCACCGCAAUGAUAACAAUCAUUCUCAGGAUGACGACAACGAUGAUGAUGCUGUUGACGAUGACGAUGACAAUGUUAAUAUAUCCACGUCAUUGUUGCCAGUGUCGAAAGUUCAACAUAAUGGAGCUAAAAAGUCAACAACAAGCGAUUAUGAUGAUGAUGCAAAAACCAAACAGCCACAACAACAGCAACAAAAGCAACAGCAGCAAAAAUGUACGAAGAAAACUAAAAAGGAUAUGCAAGCACUUGCGGCAGUUGCUGAUAGUAGUACUAGUAGUAGUAGUAGCAAUGUCACUAGUUGUAGCUCUGGCAGCAGUGGCAGUAAAAAUAGAAAAAUAUCAACAAAAGAGACACAAUCACGAAAUCCCAUCAGACGUUCACAAAGUGAAAGGCAGCCAACAACUACAGCACCAACAAUGAGAACAACAACGACAUAUCACAAUAGCACUAACAACAACACUAACAACAGCAGCAAUAAGAAGAAGAAAGACCAACAAUUGCACCACGACACUGCACAUGUUGAUAAUGGUGGCAGCAGUGGCAGUAACGAAAAUAUUAUUCCAAAUACCAGGAAUAGCUUAAAGGACAUAGAAAAUAUACCAAAUAAUAUAAAUGACAGCAGAAGUGCUGAUUGUGCUGGUUCGGGCACCGUUAGACGCAGUGUGGGGGGUGUGGGUAUGAGGGGUAAUGGUAACAAAACUUCAUUGCAUUUUCAUGAUACAAUGGCAUUGCGCAACCGUUAUAACCGCAACGAUACAAGGGAUUUAUUCAGCAUGGCCCUUAUAGGAAGACCUAGAGAACCACCGCCACCACCACCACUAUCUUCUUCAACGCCACAAACUCCAGCAGCAGCUGCACCACCAUCAUCACCAGCAGUGGAUAUGGCUAAUGCAAGAACUCCAGUGAGUAAUUCAUUGCCUAAGGCUGUGGAAUUGAAGGAGUCAACUAAAUCCACCACCACUACCUUGGCAACAGAUGCAAUAGAAACUUCACAACUAUACCAACAACAAAUCCUUAACGGAUUAGAGAGCAACAGCAGUAAACAGCAGCAACUAGAACAAAAGUUAACAAUAACAACAAUAGCAGCAAACAAUACAAUAUUUUGUAAAGAAAUCAAUGAAGCCACUUUAAUCGAAGACAAACCGAAAAGACAUCAACAGCAACAAAUGGUUGAAUUGACAAAUAGUGAAAAAACCACAACGGAUUUAUCAUCACAAUCAUCGUCGUCUUUUUCCUACUCCAGUAAAGAACAACACACAAUUUUACCAACAACAUCUAACGGCAAUAAUAAACAGCAGCAACGAACUGUUGUUAGAGUUGCUCCAUUUAAUAAAAAUUCCUCUGAAAUACAUCGUUUGAAAAUUUCCCACACAGAUAAUAAUGAUACUUAUCCCCACUCGCCUCAGACACCCAAAACACCCAACACUCCAAAUUCAACAUGUUCCAGCAACUCCAGCAACAUGUUUGCCUGCUUGUAUGCCUCCUCUCCGUUCUCCAACUCUUCACACUAUAGUGUUACAGAUUUGAGUACAUUAAACGCCUCCAACGAAUAUGGCCAAAAGAAAACUUCAAUUUUAAUUAAUGGUGAUGAUUGUUAUAGCACCAUGAAUUUAAGCUGUGAUGACUCUUGCACACCACUCUAUCAAUCCUCCGUGGUGGUAACAGAUGGUUCGACCAAAACCGACAACGACUUACAAGGCUUAAGAGUAACAAAUACCUAUAAUACGGUAACCAUUAAUGUAAGUAGUCCCCGUAGCUCAGAGGAUGAACUAAUACAUCAUCACAAUCAGUUGAAUAAUCUGCUGAAGAGACAGGCAAAAUCCUCUUCGGCCACGGGUAGUAUACGCGCUAUAAUACCCAUACGUGGCACAAUUGAUAUAAACCUGCAACGAUCGGCUUCCUCCACCUCGUCCACAUCGACUAGUUCCAUAACUAGCUCAUGUUCGUCGGCUUCUAGCUCUAGCCAUGCUGGUACCUCGAAGAGAGGAAAAACUUUAAUACGUUUGGACUAUGAAAAGGAAAAACCAUUAGUCCACGAAUCUAAGAUCUCGUCUACCAUGAUAAAUGAGCAGCUACCCGAAGAAGAGGAUACAGAUGAAUGGUUGCCCCAUGAAACUGAAUUGCUAAAAAUUUUAAGAAAUCCCGUUGAGGCUGUUAAGCGUAAUUUGGUACCUCAUAUAUGUAAACUACGAGAAACCGAUACACAAAAAGAUGCCAAACGUUCAAAGAAGAUGAAGGAAAGACACUCAGAUAUAUUGGAAAGUUCAGUUACAAGUAGCAGUAGUAGUGGUAGUAGUAGCAGUGUACCCACAUCAUCGAAUAAAACACCUGAAGCCUCGUCCACUUUUAUAGGCAAACUAUUGGAAGAUCCCAUGUUACAGCAAGUGGCUGAGGGACUGGAAACAGAUACAGUUGCUGAAUUGAUUGAAAACUCCCUGAAACGUUUGCAAGAGUCCAGAAGUUCGCUGGACAUGACUGGUACCAAAGAUAAGGAUGAUAUGAAUCGUUUAAUUGAUCUAACACUGAAACGUAUACAAGAAGAGCGUAACUCUUGCACUAAAGAAACCUCCUGCAAUUCAAAUUUGUUAAGUGUACCACCCUCCAAGGAUGAAGAACGUUUGUCGAAUCGAGGCAGCAUUAGUUCAGCCAACAGCUUUGCCUCGGCUCACAACUAUGAAUUGUUCGACUUUGAAGCCAACGAAUCGGAUUGUUAUCAAAGUUGUUCGAGUGACAUCAACUCAAUUAUGGAAGAGGAAGUACCCUCACCGGAAACCAAAACAAAGUUUUAUCAGAUGCUGGUAGAUGCCACUUUGCAAGAAAUUGAAUUGUCUACCAACAUUGAAGAUUUGACAAACGAUGAACAUCAGUAUGAAUCCAUAAGACAUAAUAUAGAUCCCAUAUAUGAGGAAAUAUAUGAUGUGCCGCCACCAUUGCCACUAACAGCUCCACCACUCAACGAUCCCGAAUUGGAAAAGAAAUCGGCCAGAUCUAUUUUCGAAGGAGCCUCCAAGUAUGACAUUCUCUCUUAUUUAGUAGAUGCCAAAGAGAGAGGUCUGGUCAAAGAAGAACCCUUUGAUUAUCCCCUCAAUUGCUCCAAUCCCAUCAUCAUAGAAGAAGAAUCCUCAGACACUCUUAGUGAUUUGGGAAAACUCAACAAGCUUAAGCGUAUAGAUACCAUAAGCUCUCGUUCGUCGAUAAUGAGUGAUUCUUCGGAUGACAACCAAAGUACCAUGAGCUCGUUGUCUCCCCCUACAACUAACAACUUCAUGCUACUACGCAAUAAGCAAGCAACCAGUGAUAUAGAACGUAAUGAUUCUGGUGUAGGUUCAGAAACCAGUAAAUCGUCUCGAAGUAAAUUUUUAAAUCCCACCAUGUCCUCCUCUCCUUCGCCCACUUCUAAUUCAUCCUCACCGAUUUCCCACCAACACUCUCAGCCUCGUUCCAGUCCCAUACAUUUAUGCGAAGAUUGUGAUGGUCCCGUCGAAACACAAAUCGCCGAAAAUGGCCAUAUUUUUGCUCCCUUGGUUUGCCGCAAGUGUGGCAAAAAGCGUGUGGAACGCAAAGAAAUCAUCACAGAAGUUGUUGAGACCGAAGAGAAAUAUGGUCGUGAUCUUCAAAUUAUCUUAGAAGAAUUUUGUCAUCCCAUGUUGGUGGCCGGUCUCCUCACACAAGAGCAACUCUCUGCAAUCUUCUUGAAUACCGAAGAAUUGCUCGAGAACAAUCAAACUCUUGCCGAACGUAUGCGUGACGCUCUCGACAUCGCUCUGGAGCAGGGUGAUGAUGACUUGCUAACGGUGAAUAUUGGUAAAAUAUUCUUGGAAUCGACACAAAUGCUGCAUGCCUUCGAAAGCUAUUGUGUACGGCAAGCGGGUGCCAGUCUAUUGCUGGCCAAUCUGGAGAAGGAAAAGGAAUUGUUGCGCAUUUUUCUGAAAGUAUCGCAGAUGGAGAAUGCCGUUUUAAGGCGAAUGAAUUUGAAUUCAUUUUUAAUGGUACCUGUUCAACGUGUCACCAAAUAUCCUUUACUUUUGGCUCGUUUAUAUAAAGUCACACCAGCACAUCUUGAAGGACGUGAUCAACUUAAGCAGGCACAAGAAAAAAUUGAAUUACACUUGAAUCAUAUCAAUCAGGAAGCAAAAGAUGUACCAACAAAACUCUGGCGUCGCAUCUCUUCAUCGAGUCCCAAUCGACGUGCUUCCUGUGAAAUUGAUAUGAUAAACAUAAAGCUACGUAAAAUGGCCAUAGAUGUGCUCGAAUGGAAUCACGAUGAAGUGCGUUUUGUCAUGGAAGGCAAAUUGCUGUACACCCAACCCACAGACAGUAAUUGGAAGAAGGCUCGUACCAUUAAGCUGACAACAGUAAAUGCUCUACUGGUAACAAACGGAAAGCCAAGUACCAAUUAUAAAGCAGAAAAAGUCAUGUCAGAUAAACUGAAUUUUCCCAAACAUACCGGAAUACGAGAAGCUUCAUUGUUGGUGGUCAAGGAGAAGUGCGGACGUUAUACAUUGAUACGUGAGCCAUUGUAUUUGGAUCGUUGUGUUGUAUGCAGUGAAGCAGAUUGGGAUGAAUAUUUCGAAAUACAAGAGAUUUCUUCCAAGGAUACAUUCAUCUUUAAGGCUGAGGAUAAUGUACGCACAAAACAAUGGUAUACACAGUUACAAUAUCAUGCUCAGGGUAUGGGAGCCUGGCGUAAAAGACGUAACGCUUUAGCCAAUAUCAUGAUUAAUGGCAUGUUAACGCGCAGUUAAAGGGAUCAGAAUUCAUCUUCUCUCAACAACAGCAACAACAAAAAAAACAAACGAAAAAAUAAAACUUUUUUAUUACAAUAUAUCAAAAAACAAAAAGAAACAAAGUGUAAAAUAUACAUAAAAACGAACGAUUAAAAAAUAAUAAAACAUAAAUAAAAUACUUAUACUUUAUUUACAUUCCACUUGCAUUACGCACACAUACACAUUCGAGUGUAAUUAUUUCUGUGUAUGCGUGUAUCUAUGUAAGUGUGUAAAUAAAUAAAAUAUUAAUAAAACUAUCCGUCUGUCUCAUUAAAAUAUAGUUAUCAUACUCGUAUGUAUAUGGAAGAAUACAUUCAUUUAUUUAGUUGUAGAUAUUUAGCAGUUAGUAGCGGUAGUAGAAGCACUUUAAAUCCUUUUAUUCAAAAAAAGCAUUGUACUUUUUUUUUAAUUUGUAAUUAUAUUAAAAUUAAAACAAUUAUAUAAAUAUUCACACUAACAAUUUAAUUGAAUAUAUUUUAUUCUAUGUAUUUAACUAGUAGUAUCACUAUCUUUAUUAUUAUUAUUAUUAUUGUUAUUCAAAAUUCAAAAUUAUAUAAUUAUGUAUUUAGUUUAUCCAUUUAAAUAUUAUUAUUAUUAUUUUAAAAAUUGUAUUCAAUGUAUUAACUUUAUUGUAAAGAAUAAUAAAACAAAAUUUAAACAAAAAAUCAAUCAAACAAAA